GCACGUACUAUAUAUAUACAUAACAUACGCACACAUCUCCUCCCUGGCGACCCUCCUCCGAUCCUCUUUCUCCAAGCUCUCACCUUCUUCUUCUUCUUCUUCUUCCUCCCCCUCCUCGCUUCUCCUCCUCUCGCGAUCUCCCAUGGCCGCCUCCUCCGUCGCCCUCAGCUCUCCGGCGACGAUCGCCGCCCCGAGCUCCGCCGAUCGCCGGAGAACCGCUCCCCUCGCGCGCCUCUCCGCCGCCCCCGGCUUCGCCGCACGGUCCGUAACCCUACGAUCCGAGCUCAGAACCGCCGCUCCCGUCGCCGCCUUCUCUGGUGUAAGAACUCAAGUUGCAGCCGUUGAGCAAGCAAUUGUUGAAGAUGGAAAAAAGGUGGAAGCUCCUGUUGUUGUUGUUACUGGAGCAUCUAGAGGAAUCGGGAGAGCUGUAGCAUUGACUCUUGGCAAAGCUGGGUGCAAGGUACUUGUGAAUUAUGCGAGGUCAGCAAAAGAAGCUGAAGAAGUCUCCAAAGAAAUCGAGGCAUCUGGUGGUCAGGCAAUCACCUUUGGUGGAGAUGUUUCUAAAGAAGCUGACGUGGAAUCUAUGGUGAAAACAGCGGUUGAUGCGUGGGGAACAGUUGACAUUUUAGUAAAUAAUGCAGGAAUUACAAGGGACACAUUGUUGAUGAGAAUGAAGAAGUCACAGUGGCAAGAAGUAAUUGACCUAAAUCUUACUGGCGUCUUUCUCUGUACGCAGGCUGCAGCAAAAGUGAUGAUGAAAAAGAAAAAGGGGAGAAUCAUCAACAUAGCAUCUGUUGUUGGUCUUGUGGGCAAUAUUGGUCAAGCUAAUUAUAGUGCUGCAAAGGCUGGAGUAAUUGGUUUCACCAAGACGGUAGCUAGGGAGUAUGCUAGUAGAAAUAUCAAUGUAAAUGCCGUUGCUCCAGGCUUCAUUGCUUCUGAUAUGACUGCCAAACUCGGAGAAGACCUCGAGAAGAAGAUCCUGGAGACCAUUCCCUUAGGGCGGUAUGGUCAGCCAGAAGAAGUUGCCGGCCUAGUGGAGUUCUUGGCCCUUAAUCCCGCUGCAAGUUAUAUAACCGGACAGGUGUUUACAAUUGACGGCGGGAUGGUAAUGUAGAGCGAAAAAAUGAGUUUGCAGAUGGUAUUGUCGCAUUUGGGCCUCUCUUCGGAUAAGCUGUUUUGGGUGAAUCACUUUUUCUUCAAGUUUUUAUAGAUAUUGUUUUGCUUUUUCAUGCUUCUGGAGGAUGGCAGAAAUAAGCUAUUAGAACUUCUAAACCGGGUAACUUAUUCCCAAGUUCAUAGUUUAAUCCAAGAAUCUUUUUCCUCUGUUGUUAUAAAUAGACUCUUUUGUGAUUGAAAGAUGGCUCCACAACAAUUUAUCUAUCGAAAAGCCUGGACAAGAUCAGUAUAGAUAUCAUACUAA